AUGUCAAAGGAGCUGCUUUUGAACUCCUCUGAUCAUUUGAGUGCUGUGGGGAUUCUUAGAGAAGCCCUGCAAAUCCUUCGAAGAAAUGGAAAGCUCGUGGUUUCAAUUGCCCUGUUCUCCCUCCUUUCCAACUGUCUUCUCUUCUUGGGUAACCAUUUCUCCAUCGAACCAUUCCUCUUUGAUUUGGUUAUGAACAUAUUCCAAUUAAGAACCCAUCAACCUGAUACCCCUGAGUACCAUACCCUGGUGAUUGCAAUCAAGAAAGACGUGGGAGUUCUUCUGGGCAAUGAAUUGAUCAUUGCAGUAGCCAUGUGGGUUGUCUUCCUCUUCUCCAUGAUUGCCACAGUCUAUGCUUCCGCCGUGACUUACUCGGGUAAGAAAGCGACUCCUAAGGAGGUUUUAACGCAGACUGGAAGAUCCUGGCAUGGGCCGGCGAUCACUUGGUUCUAUAUCUCUCUAAUGAGUGUAGGCUGCUCUGUUCUUAUUCUUAUUAUGUUUGGUGUUCUCACAAUGAUUGCCAAUGGUUCAAUUCCCUUGUACAGUGUUAUGCACUAUUUUCCUCUGGUUACACUGGCUCUCUUCAUGGUUCUUUUGGUUCUCUCUGUAAACCUCUACUUGGGGAUGGUUUGGAUGGUUGGUGUUGUGGUCUCUGUUUUAGAAGAUGGUUGUUAUGGAAUGGAAGCACUUGGGAAAGCUGAAGAGCUUAUGGUGGGAAGGAAGCUUCAAGGAUAUGUUGUCACCCUUGUUUUGGGUCUAGUUCUCGUUUUAGUUUCUGGUUUUGUUGGAUAUGAAGCGGGGGAUGUGAAGAUUUCGGCGAAGUUUGGAGCAGGUUUGCAUUUCAUGUUGACAAAUAUUAUCUGCCUGUGGAAAAUGUAUGGUGCAAUGGUUUACACACUGCUCUAUUUUGAGUGUAAGAAGAUCCAUGGAGAAGAGGUGAAAGUUCAGUUAGGUUCAGGCCAGAGAAUGUUCCCUACUGUUCCACGUUUUACUGCAACUCUGGCUUGA